UCCUCUGUGUCCAGCUGGUGACUCUGCCUUUCUUUCUCCCCUCAUUCUCUCUCUCUGCCCGGAAGCCCCUUCUAGCUUGCCCUGCCUAACUAUUGGCCGUUCAGCUUUUUAUUACACCCAUCGCACAUCUUUGCGGUGUACGACUAUCCCACAACACAAAGCUACAUAGUCUAUGGAGAGAAGGUCACAUAACUAUUGCACUAAGUGUGUGCUGUGGGAUGAGCAGCUAAUCACAGACAAGGACCUUGGAGUCCUCUUCUGAUUUUAGCAAAAGGCUGCCAUCUCACUGUUCAUUUUCUGUUCCUCCUUCUCAGGCUAGGGAGGCUGAUGCUUAAACGUAUCUCCUUGACCACCAGCUCAGCAUGUCUAAACUUGAUCAUUUAGAAGACAUAUGAAAAUGUAAGUAGAGGCUAGGGACAUGGCGUAGUUGUUAAAGUGCCCAUGGUGCAAGCCUGAGGACCCGAGUUCCAUCCUCAGCAUCCAUGUGAGGAAACAACGAAGCAGGUGUGGUGGUGUAUGCCUGCAGUCCUAGCUCGGAGAAGCAGAGACGAGAGGAUCCCUGGGUCUUUCUAGUCACUAGUCUUCCUGAAUAGGUGAGAUCCUCGUUCAGUGAAAGACUCAGCCUCAAAAUAAAUAAAUAAAUAAAUAAAUAAAUAAAUAAAUAAAUAAAUAAAUAAACAAACAAUAAACAAAUAAUAAACAAACAAACAAAUGGAAAAGCAAUAGCAGAAGAUACUCAGUGUUGACAUAUGGUGUCUCUGCGCGCGCGCGCGCGCGCACACACACACACACACACACACACACACAAACACACACAAAUGUAACUAGAGUCAUACAUCAUGCAAAUUGGGGCUCAUGCAACAUCUCAAAAAUGUUGAAUAAGUAUAAAAUAAAUAGAUAAAGAAAUCUGGUGACAUUUACAGCAAGUAUUUUUGGAUUUUAACUAACAUUACUAAUGUUAAGGGAAUUUUUUUAACCUAUCAACUAUUGUGUGCAAAUAAUGAAUUCUAACUUUUUUUUUUAAACAGGGAGGAAAACUUCCUCUGCAUGGAAAAUGACACUUUCAAAUAUCAAAUCCACAGCCUGGGCAUACUCUCUGAUUACACUAGGAACUGAAAUGUUAAGUUCUUUUUUCAGUUUCUACUGUGUGAAACUUUUCUUGGAACUGUACAAGAUUUCAGAGUUGGCCUUCUAUCAAUCCCAGGUAAUUUUAAUGAUCUGGAAUGUUCUGAAUGACCUGAGCGGGUAUUUUCUAAGGAACUCUGAGUAUGAUUGCUGUCUGAGUUACCACUGUUCCCUGUUUGGAACCCUUCUGCAUGCAGCGGCCUUCCUGCUCCCUUGGUUCCCUUGGAGACACUAUCAAGAAGGUGACUGGCUCAAGGGACUUCAUCUGGUCAUCUCCCUGUGCGCGUUUGACAGCCCCCUUAGCUGGGUGCGGCAAGCCCAGGGCCGAUCGUUUGCAGAGAUUUUCCCCAGGCACGAGAGCAAGCUGUAGCUGAUGAAAAUCAACCAGGUGGCAUCCCUGCUGGGCUCCACCAGCGUCCUCUUCUGUGGCCUCAUCUCUCACAACAUGGAAAUCCUGCCCAAUUUUCAGGUCGUCGCCGUCGUCACCGCCUUCCUGGCAGCUACCAGCCUUUACAGUGGCAUGUUCCAUAUGCGGCAUUUUGAAUGUAAAAGAAACCCGAAGGAAGCCUUCCUCUCUGAGAGUGAACAGGAGCUGGCGUGGACCUCCACCAUCUUGCCCAUGAGACAAAUCUUGUCUCAGAGGAACUUCCACCUUUUCCUCAUCGUGAAUUUCUUCCAAGUCUUCCAUUUGACCUUCUUCAGUAACUUCAUGAUGAUCUUUGCCAAUAACCUCAUUCCCACCGAGGCUCUCUCUUCUUCCGCAAGGAGCAUCAUGUAUGGGGCUGGCUUCAUCUGCCCUCAGUGCCUGGUACUUCUAGGUCAGUCCUAGCUGAAGAAAUAUGGUUACUAUAAGAUUAUCUUUCUUUCUUUCUACCUAGAAGGAGCGGCCGCCAUUGUCAUGUUACUUCUGGGACAGGAGAACUAUUACUGUUUGGCUGUUUAUUUCACUUUUAUCAUGGUGAUUGUUCAUGCCACUUUUUGCUUAUUUAACUUGCCACUGGCUGACAUGGUUGAUGCAGAUUUACUGAAGUUUAACAGGCAGUCUCCCCUUUCUUUGAUGGUUUUUGGCAUCAGCGCUUUGUUUACCAGGCCUGCCCAGUCUUUGGCUCCCAUGUUGAUCCUGUCUAAGCUAACCCAGUAUGGAUAUGGAGAGCCCAACAACAGAAUACUUUUAGAUCUUCAAGACACCAUGUUUAGUUUGGUUUGUGUGGUCCCGCUGGGCAUCGCCAUGGUGCAGAUUCUGACUUGGAGCUCCUUCUCCAUCAGGAACAGAGCAGACUACUCAGGGACUGUGUAAGCACAGUGGCCGGCCAUGCUGGGAGGCGGCGGCAACAUGCUCCUUCAAGUGCCUGUCAGUUCUUACAGAUUAUGCUGUGCUCAAAGGCAAAACUCAUCUUUACACCCUCUCGUUUGUUUAAAAACCAAAGCAAAUAAAACAAAACCUGACGGUGUGUCUUGAGAGCUUUUGACUCUCUAAGUGACAGCCUCUGCAUGGGCUGUUUCCUGGCAUUCUUACAGCCUGGGACCUGCAACUCGUCACCACUGGACUGACUGCCUUGUGUUCCCAGAGCCGGCUGGUCAGUGCACACCACUGCUUAAAAGUUCUUCAAACCUCAUAUUGCUUCCUUGACAGAUUUUAUAAAAAGACAGCAUUCUUCCCUCUUUUUUCUACUGGGG